ACUUAAGAAAAUCUCUUCUCUUGAAAUCCUCCAAUUUUUCACUUUUUAUACACCCCUCUCUUUCAAAAUGAAGACUAUGAAUAUAAACACUAUUACAUUGAUCAUUUCCAUUGCUUUUUUGAUCAUGUAUUCUAGUUUUGAAAGGUCUAGUGCCACAAGAAUCAACCAUGGGAGAAAACUCAAAGGUGGUUCUUUUACUUUUAAUGUGUUAGAUUUUGGAGCUAAAGGCGAUGGACGCGCCGACGACACAAAAGCUUUUGAAGAUGCAUGGGCAGCUACAUGUAAGAUUGAGGCAUCAACAAUGAUUGUUCCAUCCGGUUCUGUUUUUCUUGUAAAACCAAUUUCAUUCUCUGGUCCUAAUUGUGAGCCAAACAUUGUUUUUCAGUUAGAUGGAAAAAUCAUUGCUCCUACAAGCUCUUCAGCUUGGGGCUCAGGUACUUUGCAAUGGCUUGAAUUCACUAAGCUAAACAAGAUUACAAUCAAAGGAAAAGGUGUCAUUGAUGGACAAGGCUCGGUUUGGUGGAAUGGCAAUGAGAAACUUCCGAAAACCAAACCAACGGCACUAAGAUUCUAUGGAAGUGAUGUUGUAACAGUUACUGGAAUAACAAUUCAGAACAGUCAACAAACUCAUCUCAAAUUUGAUUCAUGCACAAAUGUUCAAGUUUUUGAUAUAACAGUUUCAUCACCCAGUGAUAGUCCUAACACUGAUGGAAUUCACCUUCAAAAUUCUCAAGAUGUUGUCAUCUAUAGCAGCACACUUGCUUGUGGUGAUGAUUGUGUGUCGGUACAAACAGGAUGUUCUAACAUAUUGGUGCAUAACGUGAAUUGUGGACCUGGUCAUGGAAUUAGCAUCGGAAGUCUUGGAAAAGAAAACACAAAAGCUUGUGUUUCAAAUGUCACGGUUCGCGAUGUUACUAUCCAAAACACUUUGACUGGUGUUAGAAUCAAAACAUGGCAGGGAGGUUCUGGUUCUGUCCAAAACAUCAUGUUCUCAAACAUUCAAGUUUCAGAAGUUGAAACACCAAUAACAAUUGAUCAAUACUAUUGUGAGGGUGGAAGGUGUCAUAAUGAAACAUCGGCAGUUGCUGUAUCAAGCAUACAUUAUGUGAAUGUAAAAGGAACAUAUGUUAAAGAGCCUAUUCAUUUUGCAUGUAGUGAUAGUUUACCUUGUAAAGGUAUAACACUUGACACUAUAAAGCUAGAAUCAAGCAAAAGCUCAAAUGUUCCUUUUUGUUGGGAGGCAUAUGGUGAGUUGAAAACUCAAAUUGUUCCUCCGGUUGAUUGUCUUCAAAGAGGGAAUCCAUCAAGAGGUGGAAUCAUUUCGAGCGAAGAAAGUUCGUGUUGAUUUAUGAAUAAAAACGUGUCUGGUAUUUGAAACAUCAAUGUUUUUGUGUCUAUGUAUUAAGGAUUAUCAUAUAUAGUAUAUAGGCUCUAUAUAGAAGAUUGUUAUAUUGGUUUCCAAAAUAGUGUGUUAGGGAAAUUAAGAUUAUACAUAUAUAGGAAGUUGCUAUAGGUUUCCAAAAGACAGCAAGAAUAUAAUUUAAAGAAGGGUUGAAGAGAAGGUGUACAAGCAUCUAUGUUUAUAUAUUUAAAUGGAACAAUUGAUCU